AUGCCGGCGAAAACUCCGAAAUUAUGCGAAAUAAAGACAAAUAUUGCAGAAUCUGCUGGCGAUAUACGAGAAUUUUCGACUGUUAGCAAUGCCCCACCAAGCGGAGUUGAUGACUCUAAAACGGCUGCAAAGAUUGCCGGCAUCCAACGACGCAGAAAACGCAGGCGUUGGAAAUUCAGACAAAGGAACAAAGAACAGCAAGCAGCCGAAGGCGUUGUCAGAGAGGAUCCCGUACCAAAUCCCCCCGACGAGCCCCGUCCUGCUCCAAGAGGAAAGCAAGCGGAGGACAUCGACUUAAAAAGGCGUCAUGACGCCGCCAGCAUGUUGGAGAGGUUGGACCUUCUGGAAAAGUUAUGUGAGGCCCGUGGCGGAGAUAAGGCCAAACUAACCGAGAAGCUGGCGUCCAUGCGCACGGCGUGGAGCCGGGUGCAACAGGAGACUACGACUGGCAGAAUCAUCGAGUCCAAGGCGCCAGCUAGAGAACGCCAAUGGGACAUUGUGUUUUUUGGCUCACCCUCAUCUAUUCAGAAGCGGGGACUAGGAUAUAAGGCCGAGUUGCUCAGGCGACGUUCCAUAUGGGAUUCUUAUAUAACGCAAGGAAAAGGAGGCUCCUGCAUACCCCGCGGCUGGGUGCUACCAACAGAGAACCCUACCAGCGAGUGGUUAGAGUACAUAACUGAAUAAAAUAGAGUACUAUUAUAA